GUUUAGUAUUGUUACAUGUUUAUUUCAACAUUUCUUAUCUUUGUCACCCUUUAGAAAUACUGGGUGAUUUCUGUUGUUUGCCCUGGCUGUGGUAAAGGGGGAGUAAUCACAAUUAAAACAUCAGGUUUGUGAUGGCAAUAUCUGAAUUGUGGGCCAGCACCUGAAACAAGGCAGGCCAUAUGUAACGACGUUUACAUCAUUGUAUUAUGCUCAAAUGUCACAUUUUUCUACAGAUUUGGGGAAUUGAUGAUUGAAUUGACAAUGAAAGACUUUUAAGAAAAUAUUUUUAUUAUUUUUGGAAUUUUCUAUUUUAUUGAACUUGGUAGAGUUGCUAUUUUAGAAAUGUUGUGAGCAGGUGUGGCUUUUUAUUAAAUGUACAGAUUUUCCCUUGUUUUAUAGCUGCUGAAGUGAGAUUGGACUUUAUUUCCAGUAGUCAAAGUUAUCAUAUUUUGAUAUCUUUUUUUAAACAUCUCACAUAAUGAGAGAUAUAUCUCACAUGUUCCCUGUUUCCUAAGCGAUUGAACUUCAACUCAAAAGAGGCUACAUUUGACUUUGUCAUGAUGGCUUAUUCAAUGGACUCUGUGCUAGAGUUAACUGGAGGAGAUGCCUUCAUCUGCACAGAGUGUGGUGAAGGGUUUAGUCAGUACCCAAAACUAGUCGAACACAUGGCCAUUCAUGGCCUUACUGAGAUAUUUUCUUCUGAUGGUUUAAGCAUUAGUAAUGGAAAUUGUAUCAACACAUCCAUUGAGGUUGCUCUCCAUGAAAACGGAAUGCUCACUGUGGUGGAUCGAUCUGUGUUGUCCAACUUUACUUUCUUGUUUGGAAAACCAUCAACCAAGUCAUUAUGGUCCCAACCUCCUAAUCAAGAAGCUUCCACUUCAUCUAAGAUGCCCAAGAAGGAGUAUACUCAGUUUACGUGUGAAAGAUGUGAACAAGUGUUCAAAACUCCACAGAGCUUACAACAGCAUCAGCAGUACCGUGCCCUUGAGCAGGGGUUCAAAUGCACUCUGUGCUGCAAGGUGUUUAAUGACGGGGAGAGUCUGCAGAGCCACCUUCAAACCCAUGCUCAUGAACGCUUUUAUAGUUGUGGUCACUGUGGAAAGCGGUUCUUAAGACAAGAGACCUUACUUUCACAUCAAAAACAGUGGCAUGCAUCUGAUGGUUCCAAGACCUUGAGUAGAUCUGAGGUAAAUCAGGGACAUAAUAUGGACAGGUCUUAUCUUUGCAAAAUUUGUGGCUCACACUUCUUUUGGUUGUCUGACUUGCAAAGCCACCUGAACAGUCAUACUCGCAUCAGCAGGCCAUCCAGUGAUGUAACACAAAAACAGGAAAUGCUUGGGGAAGAAGAAAGUGAGAAAAAUGGAAGUAAUUCAAUUAAUGAGCCAUGUCGUUUUGGCCUGUGUGGGGAACAUUUCAACCAUAUUUCAGAUUUAAGAGAUCAUCAUAAAAAACAGCAUCCAGAUGAGGAUGAAGUAAAGGACUCUUCGGGUUUACCGGCUAAGAUGAAACGGCAGUGCCAUGGUGUAAUGCGACAAAUGCAAGAGCAGAGAGUUGAUCCACUAAGGUCAAGCAUAAGAGGAAGACCUAGAGGAGUGAACAGAGUCAAUUUUAAUGGUGAUAUAUUUUCCUGCAAACUCUGCAAUCUUGCGUUUUUACACUCAAGCAGUCUUUCUCGUCAUAUGCGUUACCAUAAGGGAACUUUGCAUGCCUGUGUUCAUUGUGGAAAACGCUUUCCACAAAGAUGUGAUGUCACAAAGCAUGUUGCCAUGUACCACAGUUCAGCGAUUCAACCUAGGGUUCCUGGGGAGUCAAAGACCGAACAUGAGGUUAAAAACCGGGAUCAGGGACCUGCGAAAGCAUUAACACAAACAAAAAGUCAUGGUGAACAAGAAGAACUUGAAGAAGAAAAUCAGCCCACAUCCAAGACAAAUGAUCUGUUACUUGGUUCUCCUUCUAAAGGAACUUACAAACAAAGGAUGGAAUACAAAUGCAAAGAAUGUUGUAGAGUCUUUGGGCUACUUAGUGUUUAUCGGCGACACACUUAUUACCACAAGAGAAAUCCAUGCAAGGUUUUGCUCCAUUGCCCCCUCUGUCCAAGCCGCUUCACAUUCCGCUCUGCUUUAGAUCGCCAUCUUGAAUAUCAUCAUAAAGUAGAGUCUGAAAAUGAUGGCACAAAACCUUCUGAGACUAAUAUAGUUGAUUCCGAAAGUCAGCAAGGAGAUGCUGAAAAGCCUAAUAAAAAUGCUGAUAAUGGCAUGUUGUAGGAAAUAGUAAACUAAUACACUGUUUUCAGACCUAGAGAUCCACAAAAUGACCUAAAGUAUAUGGACACCCUUAUCUAAUUAACAGGUUUGGCUAUUCCAGCAGUUUCUGUGAAGACAAAUAUAAAUUCUCAACUAUAAAAUGGAAAAACUGUGCUUUCAAUUUUGUUUCAACAGCAAGGACCCUUUUUCUAUUCCAGCAGGGCAAUGAACCUGUGCUCAAAGAAAUGGUCUACUGUUUCUAGUGUUGAAGAAAGUGAAUGACAUGCACAAAUCCACUACUGGGAAUAAAUUGGGAUGGAUUGGGAAAGCA